AUGGAUUUCUCCAUGAUUCGUCCAAAGCCUCCCGCAAUGAAGCCGCCACCGCCGCUGCCAAAGGAAAAGCCACCUUCUUCAAACCCUCCACCAGCAGCACCAAAAGAACCACCUCCGCCUCCACCACCACCGCAUCAGGAAAUGACUUAUCCUCGUGGAUAUGGACCACCACGCAUGGGGCCAUACAUGGAAGAACUUGAUAGGUCUUCGCGUGUGCACGGAUUGAGAAGUGUUGAAUAUACAAAUGCUAGGACUUGGAGGGCUAACUUUGGUGGAUAUAAUGAUGAUUACUAUGAUAAUCCUUAUAAAUAUGGUCCGUCGGGCCAUCAACCGUCCAGGUAUAUGCUGGCACCGCCGCAUUCACAUGACUACAUGUCACCACUGCCAUCUCCACGGCUUGGUGUUCCUCCACCAGAUCACUACCAUGGUCUUCCAGGGCCGCCACUAAGAGUUCUUCCUCCAUCAGAUCACCACCAUAGUCUUCCAGGGCCGCCACGGAGGCUUGGUCUUCCUCCACCAUAUCACCACCAUGCUCUUCCAGGGCCACCACCGAGGCUUGGUCUUCCUCCACCAGAUUACCAUCACCAUCAUGGACCACCACCACCGUCCCCGUAUUAUCAUUCGCAGCCAUACUAUGGCUACUUCAGUGAUGAAAAUCCCAAUGGUUGCACAGUAAUGUAG